AUGAGCCGUCAAGUCAAGUCAACGAGAGUCGUCAAAUUCUAUAGUGCUUGUACAUAUUUUCAGUUUUCCGCCAAAGUCCAGAGUCAUCUAUCUAUAUUUGCCAAAAUGGCAGAAGGCCAGGAUGAUCCUAAAAAAAUUACUAUUACAGUGAAAACCCCAAAAGAAAAACAACAAGUGGACAUCGAAGAAGAUGCCGACAUUAGAAAAUUGAAGGAAGUGCUCGGCCCCCGGUUCGGAUCGGAGCCGGAGCAGCUAUGUCUUAUCUUCGCCGGAAAGAUCAUGAACGAUGCCGACACGCUGAAGCAGCACAACAUCAAGGACGGGCUGACAGUCCACCUCGUGAUCAAGACGCCGCCGCGGCCGGAGCCGGAGGGCGGCCCGCGCCGACCCCCAGCUGAUAUUGGAGCUACUCCAUUUGGAUUGAACUCAUUAGGAGGUUUAGCAGGCCUUGAGAGCCUAGGUCUUGGACAGAGCACUUUCAUGGAUUUGCAGGCCCGCAUGCAACAAGAGCUCCUGUCCAACCCCGACAUGCUGCGCCAGGUGCUGGACAACCCGCUAGUGCAGCAGAUGAUGAAUGAUCCGGAGAACAUGCGCACACUCAUCACGUCCAACCCGCAGAUGCAAGACCUUAUGGCUAGGAACCCGGAGAUCAGCCACAUGCUGAACAACCCUGAGCUGCUGCGGCAGACUAUGGAGCUGGCGCGCAACCCCGCCAUGCUACAAGAGCUCAUGCGUUCGCACGACCGUGCCCUCUCCAACCUCGAGAGCAUCCCGGGUGGUUACAACGCGUUGCAACGGAUGUACCGCGACAUACAAGAACCCAUGCUGAAUGCUGCCAGCAGUAUGGCUGGAAAUCCCUUCUCGGGGCUAGUCGAUAAUUCGGACGGCACAAAUCCACAACAAGGCGCCGAGAACCGUCAGCCUCUCCCUAAUCCUUGGCAGCGCGGCGGCGGCGGCGGCACCGGCGGCGCCGGCGCGGGCGCGGGCUCCGGCCCCGGCCUCAUCAACACGCCCGGCAUGCAGUCCCUGCUGCAGCAGAUGUCCGAGAACCCGCGCCUCGUGCAGUCCAUGCUGUCCGCGCCCUACACCAACAGCAUGCUGCAGGCGCUCGCCGCCGACCCCGACAUGGCCAGCCGGCUCAUCAACCAGGUCAGUGACCCCGCCGUACAACACGCCGGCAUGCAGUCCCUGCUGCAGCAGAUGUCCGAGAACCCGCGCCUCGUGCAGUCCAUGCUGUCCGCGCCCUACACCAACAGCAUGCUGCAGGCGCUCGCCGCCGACCCCGACAUGGCCAGCCGGCUCAUCAACCAGGUCAGUGACCCCGCCGUACAACACGCCGGCAUGCAGUCCCUGCUGCAGCAGAUGUCCGAGAACCCGCGCCUCGUGCAGUCCAUGCUGUCCGCGCCCUACACCAACAGCAUGCUGCAGGCGCUCGCCGCCGACCCCGACAUGGCCAGCCGGCUCAUCAACCAGGUCAGUGACCCCGCCGUACAACACGCCGGCAUGCAGUCCCUGCUGCAGCAGAUGUCCGAGAACCCGCGCCUCGUGCAGUCCAUGCUGUCCGCGCCCUACACCAACAGCAUGCUGCAGGCGCUCGCCGCCGACCCCGACAUGGCCAGCCGGCUCAUCAACCAGAACCCCAUGUUCGCGAACAACCCCCAACUACAAGAGCAGAUGCGAACUAUGAUGCCCCAGAUGCUCGCCCAGCUACAGAACCCCGAGAUGCAGCAGAUGAUGUCUAAUCCACAGGCUUUGAACGCGCUCCUGCAGAUCCAGCAAGGCAUGGAGCAGCUGCGCACGGCGGCGCCCAGCCUCGUCACCAACCUCGGGCUCGGCGCCGCCGCCGCGCCGCCCGCGCCGCCGCCCGCCGCGCCCGCGCCCGCGCCCGCGCCCGCGCCGCAGGCCCGCCAGCAGCACAACGAGGAGCUCUUCUCGCAGUUUAUGCAGCGGAUGGUAGCCGCCAUGGCCAAUAACCAGAACAACUCGUCGCAGCCCCCCGAGCAGCGGUACUCGCAGCAACUUGAGCAGCUAGCGGCCAUGGGUUUCCUCAACAGGGAGGCUAAUCUACAAGCUCUUAUCGCAACAUUCGGCGACGUGAACGCGGCGGUGGAGAGGCUACUGGCGCUCGGGCAGCUGUCCAUGAGCUAACACCGCGGCGCCCGCACACACACACACAUAGGCCGCGUAUACAUACAGCCCCUCUUCUGGUACUAGCAAGUAGAGAUCGGACUAUGGUACUUGUAAACCUGUACGGUGUACAAAAUCGUCGUACAGUCAAGGGUAGGGUGUACAAAAACUUGUCAAAAAUAUAUCUCAUAUCGCUUAAUUCGUUGACAUGCUCAUAAGUCAAUGUGGGACAUAUUAUUGAGCAACUUUUGUGCAUCCGUUUUUUUACACUUUGCUGUACAGGCCGACAAAAAGUAUAGAAUUUAAAAAGGGGGUGUCGUCCCGUUUUCUUACAUGUAUUGAUUUGAAUGAUUUGAAAGGGCACUUCAGUGUUGCAAGUUUUUAGAUUCUACAGUUUAUUUUCGGAUUGACUAACUAUUAUAUACGGUUCAUAUUACAUAUUAUGAAAUGCGUUGAGUGACAUGAUUAAAUCAUAAAUAUCAUAUUUAUUUUCCAAGAAAUACAGUUUAAUAGUUUAGUCGUUUUAGUUGCCAAUUACAAUAAUAUUAAAAAAAAAAACUUUUAAAAUUGUGCUUGGACUUUCUGUUUAUUGAGAUGGCAAAACCUAGGAAACCGAUCUCACCUAACGUGGUUGGUACGGUUUGAGACGAGCAUUCCUAGGCGUGUGUUAAUGUCUUAGUGUUUUUGUGUUCUGGCGACUAAUACUAAAUAUAAUGCGAUCAGUUCCAUGCUAGUACCAGGAGAGCGGCCAUUGAUAUUUGCACUAUUUUUUAUUUACAUUGUGGUGGGAGUUGUGUGAUUCUAUUUAUCAAUUUAGCUAGAAAUGGCGCUAUGGAAACACUCGAAAAUGUUGAUUUGGGAUAAUUUUGUAAAGAUAAGUUGUUUUGUAUUGAGUUGCCACAGGGCAUAAGUGAUACGGGGCAUUUAGUAGAGGUAGCGAAUGGACUCUUGAGAAAGGGGAUCGUUGAUCGACAAGUGUGUAGCGCCAUUUUUGAGCGGAGGUUUGACGGGCGUCGGGCGUGCCGUGCCGCAGCGGCGUGAGGCUUGACUGUAGAGACCGUCAAGUACAUGUAAAUGUAUCUAUUCAACUGUAUAGGUGUUUCCUAUAUCGCAACUAAAAUUCAUUCCUUCUUGUUUUUUAGUUUAUAAAGGAAAUUGUUAAAAAUAGGAAUUUCAUAAAUAUUAUAGAAAAAAACGUCAGUUGUUUUCUGUGUUCUACGGUACCCCAAAGAAAUAUAGUAAUAUUUCUGAGGUAUAAUUUAUAUAAUAGUGGUUUAUGUUAUUUUAUUUCUUCAACGAUUAAAUCUAACUUUCAGUUGCAUUAAGUAAAUCGGUUUAUGUAAAUAUUUUCCUUUGGGAAAGUAAAUGGAUAAGGAAGCGCAAUUCAGCAAUAAUGGAUGUGUCUACACUUAUGUGUCUGUUUCUAUUGUAGCAUCUAUUUUAUUAUUCAUGUUUGUAUCGUUUGCGUUUGGUCGUGAAUUACAGUUUGUCACAAAUUUAUAUUGGUUGGUUUCUAAUAAAUUCGAGGCGCCAUAUUCACUAUGACUAAGAACACUAUAGUGUCCACUGAUCACACCAUUGUGUUAGACUCUAUUGGUGUCUAUUAACUACGAGUCCCUUUUUGCGUGUCCAUUGCCUUCAUUUAAAAAAGAUAUCCUUCAAUCGUUGUGGUGGUAAACUAUUUUAUAAGAGUUUAGCCUUUUGUAGCAUAUGAUAAUACUUUAAUAUUAUUUUGUAGUGGUUUUAUAGCGAAUUCAUUAAAUUUAAGUUGUAAAAAGUAUAAAAGAGUACUGUUGCUCAGUUUGAAGGGAGUGUGUUAAAUUACCCAGAAUUAUAUUUAAAAUGAAUUUAUUAGUCACUUACCUAUAUCUUCACGAAUCACCCUGACCGUAGAUUGUACAUUUUAAAAUAACGCAGAUUUGAUUUACUCACUUGACUAAAAUAAAACAUAGUAAUCUGGAUCCGCAAAAAUUGAAAUAAUUAUUUUAAAAAUGCACUAUGGAGUCACUAAAAGUAUUCUAAUUGGCUUUUAUUACGAGUAACAAUGUGUAACUUUUUUAAAGAACGCUUUAUUUGGUUCGCAAUGUAUAGAUCCGUUCAUUCGCAAAGUUGCAUCCAACAUUUUAUUGUUGUACAUGUUUUUUGUAUAGAACUUCUCUCCUUCGUGAAUGAAUGUAUCUAGAAAUCAAAUAAUAUUGUUUGCAAGAGACGUAAAGAAGGGGCCCGUUUCAUGAAAGUAUUGUAACAACAGGUGGACUAGGUUUUAACCUCUUAAAAUAAGUACUAUUUAGACUCUUCCAUAUAACGGGCCCGAGCUUCAGCGCAGGUCUCGUUGCGCAUGUAAAAUUCCUCAUGUGAAGCUCUUUAAUGUUCUCAUUGUAAAAACUCGCAUAUAUUGUCUAGACUGCUAGAAAUGUCUGAUAUCGUAUGAUAUGAAUCUGGGUGUAACAAUAUUAUUAUGUGACAGAAUGCAAUUAUUAAUAACAAAGUAAAUUA